GUAGCGGUGCGGCUGCGCACCAGCAGAUAAUCAAGGCCGUCCUUUGUUGGGAUCAGGAACUGUUUUGCAAAUGGAAGGAGGACCCUGAGACAAUUAUUCGCGACGACAAUCCACCCAUCCCACAGAGUCAUAGAAACAGCCCCGAGAGGCGUGCGCGGAAAGGCAGCAGGGCCGAAGGGGCCCGUCACGUUGUCCAAGUCGUCCUCCGUGCUCCAUUAAAUGCCGUCGCCGCGUCGGCAGACCGAUCGUCCGCCGUCGGCCUGACUCCUCUACUUCAUCAAGGACUCUCCGGGGACACUUAAUCGUCCGAGAUGGCAGCCGGUGGCGGCCCGCAGCCCGAGCUGUGGCACCAUUGCGCCCGAUGGCUGACCCAGUGCGGCCUCCUGCGCGGCGACCACAAAGCCAACUGGCGCGACUCGGAGGUCGGCGAGCUGGCCUUCACCCUCAGGGAUGGCGUCAUCCUCUGCAGCCUGCUCAACGUGCUUGACCCAGGCUGCAUCGACCUCAAGCAGGUCAACCAGAAACCUCAGAUGGCCCAGUUCUUGUGCCUGCGAAACAUCAAAACCUUCCUCUCUGUUUGCAAAGAGGCCUUCCACCUCGAGGACCAGGACUUGUUCGAACCUGAGGAACUGUUCGACCUGUCCAACUUCUUCAAAGUCCUCCAGACCCUGUCCAAACUGUCCCGCUGCCCAAAAGUGCAGCGAAAGAGCGUUCAGGGAUUUGACGCGUCACUCAAGUACAGCGACUCCCAUGAGGAUAUUUAUCGUUCCUUGAACUACAGCUGUCCAACGGUUUCCUCCGAGUCCUCUGAAGGAGACGGAAAAGACUCGAAAGAGGACGAGGUGCCGAGCAGCGUGUCAACGUCGACCUGCUCGCUGCCGUCCUCGCAGUCAGCUUGCUCGCUGCCCACUUGGAAGUCGUUUCCCAUAGCCUGUCCGGUCGGGGACGAGACGGCCGAGGAGGAGGCCUAUGAAGAGCUUUGCUACAUCACUUUCAAUACCAAAGAGCUGAGCACCUCGCAGGCCCUCGAGAAGAGGGACUACGUGAUCAAGGAACUCGUGGAGACGGAAAAGAACUACAUCGAGGUGCUGCAAAAUCUGCAGAACUACUUCAUGCGGCCGCUUAUGUCCAUAUUGCCGCACAGAGACCACUCAAUCAUCUUUUGUAACAUAAAGGAGCUGACUGAUGUGCACAUGGGCUUUUACACGAAACUCCAAGACGCAGUGUCAGACAGUGUGCAGUGUGCCGUACGAAUUGGCAAAGUGUUCCAGUACUGCCAAAACCAAUUCCUUCUGUAUGGAGAGUAUUGCGCCAACCUGCCUGUCGCCCAAGAGUUGCUCAACGAGCUGUGUACAAAGUCUGAGCCACUCACACAGAACCUCGAGAGGUUGCAAGAGGAGGCCAAUCAGGGCAAGUUCAAACUGCGCGACAUCCUGUCUGUGCCCAUGCAGAGGAUACUCAAAUACCAGUUGCUGCUUGAUAAAUUGCUGCAGGAAACUGGCGCACACCACGAUGAUGCCAAGUGUAUAGAGAGGGCGAAGGAAGCCAUGAUUGAUGUCGCUAUGUUCAUCAAUGAAGUCAAACGUGAUGCCGAUACGUUAAAAAUAAUCAACGAUAUUGAGAGGAGUAUCAGUGAAUGGGACAUGCCAGCGGAUCUGAAAUUAAAAGACUACGGACGCCUUAUCAAGGACGGAGAGUUAAGGAUCAAGGAUCACAGAACAUCGAAAAUGCACCCUCGCUAUGUCUUCAUUUUUGACCAAGUGAUGAUCAUGUGCAAAACUAAGGGUGACCAGUACAAGUUCCGCGACUGCAUCCACUUGGGCGACUACAAGGUGGAGGACGGCGCGGCGCGGAAAGUGCUGCAGAGCGGGGCGCGCUGGAGCUUCCAGUGGUUCUUGGUUCCUAAGAGAGACCAGACGGGCUACACACUGUACGCAAGAACCAUGGACGACCGCAGCAAGUGGAUGAACGCCAUCAGGGACGCCAUGGACAAUAUCUAUCCGAAGGGAUGCACAGACAUGAACCACUCCUUCAUGAUGCACACCCUCGACAAGCCGCAGCAGUGCAUACUCUGCCGGAAAUACCUCAAAGGAAGCUUUUUCCAGGGCUACAAAUGCGAGCAGUGCUCGUUGGUUGUGCACAAAGAGUGCAUUCAGUUAGCAGGGGCGUGUGGAGGUCCGAGUAACCAGGCAGCGCCAGUGCUGCCCCCGAGGCCGCCUCCGUCGCCCUACCCUCCGCCAAGGGUAAACAAUCAAUUUCUAAAUUACACGAAAGUGGCAUAUCUUAUUCGCUUCCAGCCGAAUGCACCUCAACAGGUAACAGGGAACGGACACUAUGGCGACUGGGAUGAAUACCUGUGGUUCGCUGGGGAAAUGAGCAGGGACGCAGCCACAAGGGCCCUGCAGGAAGAGCCGGACGGGACGUACAUGCUGCGAGUGCGGCCGCACCGACAGGUCAACGAAGGCGAGACUGACUACGCUCUUAGCUUAAAGACUGACACAAAAGUGAAGCACAUGAAAGUUUACCAGAGACCAGCGGAUAAUGCCCAUGGCAUCGAAUAUUUCCUGAGCGACUCGCGACCGUUCCCAUCGAUCGAGGCUCUUAUCAAAUGCUAUGAGCACACCAGUCUAGCUGAGAGUUUCCAAGGCUUGAAUGCGACACUGGAGCUUCCAUUCAAGCGCUUUCUUGCCGUCGCACGCUACGAUUACGUCCCGACGCGGGGCACCAAAGACGAAGAAAACCAGAUACCUUUGAGAGCAGGCGCCUUAGUCACCAUACUCAGCAAGGACGGCAACCAGAGGGGUUGGUGGAGAGGCAAGCAAGGUCGUGAGGUUGGAUACUUCCCCAAAGACUUCAUUGAAGAAUUGCCUCCAGACCAAAUGGGCAACAUCGAUCUAAGUUUCGCGGCCAACAUGUAAUGUUUUAUCGCUUGAUCUAGAGUGAAAAAAUAAUGUCUCACGAUUAUAACAUUGUUUGCAUUUUGCUGCCGGCAUGAACUGCAUUUACCAAGCACGUACAAUACGCAGAGGAACUUUCUUAUGUCCCGUAUAGACGGCUCUAAUUUACAUUCGAUUACUGUACAAAUUAAGCAAACGUGGUCCGCGCAUUAUGUCUGUAAUCAUGUGUCUGGAUAUGUAAGAGUGAAAUAUGUGAUGGCUUCAGUCAUGUUAUUUUGGCCAUUUUUUUCCAGACGCCAGCGUCGCUGUGUUAAAACUGCUUGUUUUAGAUUUUUUACUCAAAAUCUAUCCCUCAUCGAAAGUCAGAGGCGCAGUUGUGAUCACAGAUAGAUGAGAAAUUAAAAUUUUUACCGUUUGACCUGUUGGAGGGGGAGAAAUCAGUCAGAAGAGAGCCAAACUCGUUGUAAUGUUCUAGCCGUUGAAUAUAUUGUGUUGAGCUCAAUUACGAGAGUUGAUAUAACAUUUAACUGAAAGUGUAAAAUGUGGCCUAAUCGAUAAACUGUCGCAUCGAUAUGAGAUGCACAUUGUUUGCAAAAGCCAUGAUCCGUGCCAAUUUGUUGAAUGGAAAUACAUAUGAGAUACUAUUAUAAUUAUUAUAUAAUAUACGAAUAGCUCACUUUUUUCUGCCAUGUUGAAAUAAAAGUGCCUGUCCGAAAUGCACUAAUUGGAAGGAGAAGGAAGAAAAAGCACAAAAUUCACUGAAUGAGCAAAAUGGAACCAACCGUCAAUUUGUAUUUACGCGCAGUGAAUGUUUGCGAAGCGGAUGGUGAGUCUUCUAUACAGAAUCAUCACGAUCGUAUGUUGUAGUUCAAUGGUAGCUUUUAGGAUCCGUUCGAAUGCUGUAUUCCAGUUGCGAUGUCCACGACAUUAUUCGUUCCGGCAGUGAUUGUGGCUGACCUUUUCAUUAUCGGGGUCCUCUUCGACUGCGCUAAAACUUACGGCCUUCGCAGAUAAUUAUGAUCACAACCUAAAUAUGACUCACGUCUAGUCUUAAAUUCUGUUCAUCUUGUCUGCUUUAUCAAAAAGAGAAUGUGAAAUUCACCGAUUCUAUGAAUUAAUGUGUUGCUUAUUUUAAUUAAAAACGCAAAAUCGGCAACAA